AUGGAAUCAGAAGAAAAAGAACUAGAUCUCACCCUCUCCCUCCGAUGUGGGAGUUCAAAGGAAACUCCUACCUCUUUCCUUCCUCUCGUAAGCCCUUUUCAAACAAACCUAUCUCUCAUGGAAAUACAAGAGUAUUGUUCUAACCUUAACCCUAACCCUUCGUCAGCGUCGGUCUCUUCUCACCACAGCGUCAACUCUCCAAAGGCGCCUGCUAAAGCACCCAAAAAUAGACGCUCUUUGGGUAGUUCUCGUCGCAUUUCGCGGGGCAAAGAAACGAGCAAAGCGAUUACUGCACCGUUUCCUUGGGCCAAGAAUCAACGCGCCACCGUUCAUAGCCAACAAUAUCUAUUGGAGAAUAAUGUGGACACGAUCAUAGGAAAAGUGUACUGCAAGAGGUGCGAGCAUGAGUUCGAAUUGGGUCUGAAUCUAGAAGAGAAACUUGAUGGCCUAUGCGAAUUCUUUAGGAAAGAGAAGAAUAAGUGGCAUAAAAGAGCUCCACGGGUUUGGAUGAGUCCAGUGUGUCCAAAAUGCCCCCUUUGCGAACGAGAAAGCAGCACCAGACCUGUAAUUGCGCCAAACAAAAAGGAGAUUAAUUGGUUGUUCUUACUGCUUGGUCAGAUGCUUGGUUACUGCACACUUGAGCAUCUUAAAUAUUUCUGCAAACACAAUGAGGUUCAUCGAACUGGGGCCAAAGAUCGUCUUCUUUAUGAUACCUAUAAAACCCUAGUCAAUCAGCUCCUACCUGAUUAUUUAUCUGAUUCCUGA